CAGCUGUUUUGUAACACUGGAGGCGGGUUUAACUCCUACGACUCCGGACCCAAAUACAUGAAGGGCUGGAACGGUUAGACCCGGGUCAGUUCGUUGAGUUAGCCCGGCUGCUGCGGUUCCGUGCUGAGAUGUCCAGGGUUCUGAUCGUCGGAGCCGGGCUGACAGGCAGCCUGUGCGCAUGUCUGCUGAGGAGAGAGCUGCAGAGCAAAGUUCAGAUAGUGGUGUGGGACAAAGCGAGGGGCUCGGGAGGCAGGAUGUCCACUAGUCGUUCUCCUGACCCUUCGUCUCACUCUGCCGACCUGGGAGCUCAGUACAUCACCGCCACACCGGCCUACGCUCAGUCACACCACAGUUUUUACUCGGAACUGCUGUCUGCUGGCGUCCUGCAGCCUCUCCUCGGUCAGGUCGAAGGUCUGAAGCAGAAAGACGACAGUAAGAACUACACAACGCCACUGGGCAUGUGCAGUGUGGUCAAACACUUCCUGUCUGAGUCAGGAGCAGAUUUGUUCUUUGAGUGUCAUGUGACUGGCCUGUACCGCCGCGGUGCAUCAUGGGAGGUUCAGAGGAAAGUGGGAGACAGCGAGACGUUUGACGCUGUCGUCCUGACGAUGCCAGUCCCACAGAUCCUGCAGCUUCAGGGAGACGUGGGACACUUCUUGUCUCUCCAUCAGAAGCAGCAGUUAGAACGUGUCGUCUACUCGUCUCGUUUCGCCCUCGCUCUCUUCUUCCCUCCAGACGCCGUCCUCAGUUUCUCUUGGGCGGCUCGAUACAUCACUGACAACUCCUGCAUCUGCUACAUCGCUGUGGAUGCUCGCAAACGCAACGCAGACGCUCCUGGUUUCGGUCCGUCCCUCGUCAUCCACACCAGCGUGCCGUUUGGCCUGGAGCACCUGGAGCGAGACAAGGAGGACGUCCAGCCAAUCAUCUUACAGGAGCUCCACAAGCUCCUCCCUGGUCUGCCUCAGCCAAUCAGCAUCAAGUGUCAGAAGUGGAGGUACUCCCAGGUGCUGACCUCGGUGCAGGACUGUCCGGGUCACAUGACCGUCCUCGACCGGCCAUUGCUCGUCUGUGGCGGUGAUGCGUUCAGCCACUCCAACUUCGAUGGCUGCGUGGAGUCCGCACUGAGCGUGCUCAGUGCAUUGAAGGCCUCGCUGUGACACUGCCGCCAUGACAGGAAGUCCUCAAGGCAAUGGACCAGGUUCAGAGCCCAACAGGAGGAUCUGACCGAUACUGACAGGAUCAAUGAUCAAUAGAGUCAUCAGUUAGGGUCAAUACAUGAAGUUUGAUGAAGUGGUUCAUUAAGUUUUUGUCUUUAAAUAAA